AUGCCGCAAAGCACACAGCCCAAGCCACAAGCCUUGGCUUUAGUCGCUUCCAUGUUCAGUGGAAAUGAUGAGCUAGUGACCAAAGUCCAAACUGCCAUCGCAACACACGAUAAUGUCAUUUCUGCUAUUGAAGCCGUUGUUGGGCAAGGUGGUUUAAGCCUAGACCAUGUCAAGUCACUUCAGUGGAUGAGAGAGAUAUUCCAUGCAACCCAAGAGGAUGAGAAGCUUGCGUGCUACCUGCUACAGAAAGUUCCUGGACCGGAGAAUCUCAGCAAGGUUGCACUCGAAUACUACCAUAAAGAAGAUUUACCCUCAAACGACAAAGAAAGUGUUGCGCGAUUCAGGUCCCAUCUGAUGCUUGAAGAACCUCUGGCUGUUCUCUUGGCUUCUGUGAGGGCAAAUGAGUUCCAGCUUAAACCAGAAGAGAACAGUACCAUCGGUUUUGCGUUAGAAUGGGUUGUUAAGAAUAACGUAUCCAUCGCGUCUGAUGCGUUUCGAAACAAGAUCAACUCCAAAGGCUUCUUUGACUCAAUAAAGGAAAGCCGAGAUGUCGACAUCGAGGCGGUCCUCAGCAGGAUCAUGACACUCCAAAGGUUGCAGUACCUGGUUACAGAACCACGACAGAUCAAACCUCUUCUGGACCACAACUUCACAUCUGCUCAAGAUAUUGCUUCCACGAGCAGAAAGGCGUUCGUCAGAACGAUGACCGCUAAGAACCUCCUAGAUCGAGAAGUUGCACUCAAGAUCCACGACCAUGCGGUUGUAGUAGCUUGUCGGAGUCAAGAGACCUGGGUUAAUCUGCUCUCCAUGAUUAACGAAGACUUCAUGGCCACCGAAAAAGCAAUCGCAGAUGUCGGGGCAGAAGAAAUCACUAGGCCAGCACUCCCGGAUGAAGAUCUUUCCACGACCCCUAACGCAAAGGGUACCAAGGAUUUCAACAUGACAAGUAUCUUUGACCUCCAGAAUACCCCAUGCGAAGAGUGUUGCUCUGUUGUUAGCGCGUCGGCAUAUUUUGUUGAUCUGCUCAAGUUCCUGGAAAAUAGCCGCUGCAGUACUGUUGUAAAAGGAGCUGACAAUGUGCUUCAAGCAUUGGCCCUGAGACGUCCGGAUCUACAAUAUCUACAGCUCUCCUGCGCUAAUAGCAAGAACAUGGUCUCAUACAUUACAAUUGUUAAUGAGAUUCUGGCUUCUUAUAUCGCUAGUGAGGGAGGAACCGUCAGUGUUGUCGAUGAGGAGGAAACCUCGGUACCUCAGGGCUGUGUCAAAGAAGAGCAGGAUCGAGUGGCAAACGCGUGCGAAAAGAAGAUUGCCGAAGCCAUGUUUCCUUUGAACCGAUUUCCCUAUAGGUUGGGUGAAGACUCGGUCAGAGUCUACCUUUCUUCGAUGGGAAUCGAGCCUGCGGACGUGCGUGCAAACUUCAAGUCAACUAGCUUCAUGCUGAAGCAGCUAAUGAACUUCGUUCCAAGUGACUCAAAGUCACGAAGAGAGCUAGAAAAGGAAGCAGAGGCUGUAUGGCACCGAUUCGAUGUUGCCGAGACCUUGCAUAUGUUACCUCACGAUUUUGCUGCUGUCUGCAAAGAGACCAUCUUCACAGACACGUUCUUGGACCUUCUUGUCGGCCUUUCUCCAGAGCACUUGGUUAAAGAGGUACUGGCACGAGAUAGGUCGAUUCCCUCGGUCAACGAAUGUUGGGGCUAUGGAACUGUUGACGAGAUGCUUGACACUUCCGAGAGCAACCAAACAGGGCUGGGUUUUAUACGAGAUCAACUUCUCCCACGCUCAGGACUGUCACUUGAGGAGCUGCUCGAGCUCUUGAACACUACUUUCUUUGGCAGAAAACUUGUGAUCGUCAAUAACAGAGGCUCAAAGGUAUUCGACGGGCAGCUCUCAGAAAUGCGACUCCAACUCCUUGAAAACAGCGCGAGUUCCGAGGAGGGAGGUUCCUCUGGAGAGUCUCCCAUCCGAAGUCUAACACAGGAGAUAUGCCAUGAACUGCAAGGUUUUAUUCGACUUAGAAAUAAGCUAGGAUGGACCAUUGCAGAGCUUGACGUCGUUAUUUCAACCGUCACUCAGAACCACGUUGCCAACAGUGCUAUUACAUCGGUCGAGGCGUUCAGAGGCAUUACCCUAGCAGUCCUCGAAGACAUCGCGCGAAUCGCAAAGUUAAGCAAACUGACGCAGGCACCCGUGGUGUCUCUUCUCCCAAUUUGGGCGCAGAUUAGCACCCACGGCGAUAAGUCCUUAUACAGAAAGGCGUUCCUUGAACCAAUGAGAUAUCUUAGUAACGAUCCAGUUUUCAGGCCCGACUCUGACGGCAAAUAUCUGAGAGACAAGGGAGCCAUUGAACUCUACAUGGCGCCUCUCACAAUGACUUUGAAGACAACAUCGGAGGAUUUGAAUAUCCUCUUAGCCAUUGCUGAGCUGAACCUUUCCUCACCGCUUGAUUUGGAAACAUUGUCCAAGAUGUACCGCCAUGCACUGAUGUGUCGACUACUUGGAGUGCGACCAAAGGAUUACGACAUGGUUCUUUCAGUCUUCCCUGACCGAAAUAUCUUUAUUGACCCCAAAACAACCCUGGAGAGUAUUUCUCUUUGGAAAGGUUUGACCGAUAACGGGUGGUCGACCAACGACAUUAUGAUGCUUGUUGGCAAGACUGAACGCACCGGCGCUCCAUUAUCUGAUCACGCCCUUCAGUUCACUUCGUCUAUCAUGGAGAAGAUCAGUGCUAGUAGAGACACAUGGGACCCUCGUAUCCAAAACAAAACGGUUACAUCGCGAGAUGUUAUGGAUCUUUGCGGCCAGAUGUUCGACGCUGCAACUUCCAAGAGCUUGGCACAGAUAGUUGAAGGUGAUUUUGUGGUCACCAAGAGUAUUCAAUUGAAGACUUUGGGAUCGUUUCCCUCCUUCAAUGGCCUCCCUUCGAAGGUGGCCAUUGACAUCAACGGAAAGGGCACCAAGACCCAGACAGCUGUUGUAGCCCUAAAAGGAAUACUGACGGGGGAGGAGAAAGAGGAAAGCAUAAAAGAAAUCGAGAAUUGUGCAGUCCUUGCCGACGCCGUCAAAGAACUUGAUAGCAUGUCGAAAAUUCCUUUCAAGGCUCUACUGUCCAGAUUCUCGGAUGAAGCGACCGCAAAGCAGAAACAGGAGAUGGUCGACUUGAUGUGUUCUGACCUGGAAUUUACUACCACGAACUCCGCAACCGUGUCCGACGAGUCAGUUUGCACCAUCUCAGAUGGAGAGAAAUCGCCUGAAGUCGAAAGAGAGAAGAUCUUACGCAAAAGGCGACUGGAAUUUGUCGAGCUUAUGUUGCCCGUAUUGCGAUCGCAAAGUUUGGUCGACCUCGCUACUAGAAGUAUCGUUGAGAAGCUAGAUGGCGUUGAUCACACCCUUAUCCCCAUGCUCUUAAGCAAAGAGAUGGCUUCAGAAAAGAAUAAGUCAGCUUCCCAUAUCUUAGAAUCCAUUCGGGGCUUCUCUGUGGAUAAGCCCCCAAGCACCCAAGGCUACUUUCUACCGACCGCUACAGGAGAGUACACGUUCACUUUGCGGCCAACACAACCUGACACUGCCGAAGAUACAUACCUUAACAUCAAUGGCGCCAAGGUCACUAUCAAGGAAUCCAGUACAGAGUGGUGUUCCGAUCCCAUCCUUAUGACAACCGGACAAACCUACCUUCUUGUGUCGUCUGUUCGGCCCAUGGACAUUACCUGGGCCACUAAACAGACGGUGCCAGCAACCUUCAGUGAUACUACAUUCAUUGUGCAAGAAAGCGUCCAGAAGGCUGACUUGGUAUUGAAGGAGAUUGGUCGAUCGGCCUCGUUGUUCCGCAAGCUGGAGUUGAGCUUGGAAGAGGUCAAAUACCUGACCACUCCCAACGGGCUUAUAUCAGUUGAUUUGAACUCACUGAGUAUUGGAGAUAUUGCAAAGCUACAGAGCUAUCGACAGCUAAGAGACAAGAUUGCCAAAGAGAAGGAUUCUCUAGUCACUUUGUUUGCGUGGCUGGAGAACCCUGACAGCUCUUCAACCUUGGCUUCCCACAUUAUAGGUGCUACGACAUGGCCUGAAGCACAGCUCUCGACUUUGAUCAAUGCCAAAUAUGACUAUGAUGGAGCCGCGACGGCGGAUAUCAUCAGAACUGUCGCUAGCCUCGACGAAUUGCUAUCCAUCCAAGCUAUCAUGGAGGUCUCUGGCAACCUGAGGCCCAAUUCGAGUCAAGACAGCGAGCACCCAAUCACGAAUCUCUUCAUAUUCGCAACUCCCGCACUUCCUACUACGAACAAGGAUUUGGCGGUCGCGAAUGAACUGCGACUCAUGCUUGGUAAACGACAACUCAAGUCAUGUACAGCACAGCUACGCGAAACGCAGCGGACAGUCUUUAUCGAUUAUUUGCUACAGCAACCAUAUAUCAAGAAUGCCAAGAUCUCGGAUGCGGCCGGCCUCUUUGAUCUGUUGUUGAUCGACGUCGAGAUGGGCUCGCAGUUUGAGAUCACUAGAAUGAAACAGGCCAUCUCGACCGUUCAGCUAUAUGUACAGCGAUGUCUCCUAGGCAUGGAGAUCGAAGCCGGUGUGCAGCCAAGUGACAUAGACCAGGUCAAGUGGACGUGGAUGCACAAGCACAACGUUUGGACAGCUACAAGAAAGGCAUUCUUGUACCCAGAGAAUUGGAUUGAUCCAACUUUGCGUGACGACAAGACUGCUCUGUUUGGCGACUACGAGACAACCAUCAUGCAGAAGGAUUUGAGCUGGGAUACGUUCUCUCAGGCUAUCCGUACGUACGUGAAAGGUCUGUCUGAGAUUGCAGAUCUGGACAUCCAAGCAUAUCUACGACAUCACCCCACUGGGGGUUUGGAGACGUACCAUUUCUUUGGCAAAACACGCAGCGCACCAUAUCGCUUCUACUACCGUAGCAUGAGGCUUACACAGCCAAGUGAUGUAGCGAUGUGGACACCAUGGACUUUGAUGGACAUUGGUUCUGUCACGUACGAGGCAGAUUGGAAUGGCUCGAGCGUUACCAACUCCGGGGCUUACCUCAUUCCCGUCAUGCGUGGCAAUCGUCUGACCGUCUAUGUUCCAGAAAUAAUGGUCAAAAUCCUGACUCCCAAGACCCCAAUGGGAAAAAGUGAAUCCCCCAUGACGUUUUCAGAAGCUGCGGGUAAUUCAUUGAAUACGACAAAGUCACCGAGUAACUGGGAGAUACGAAUGGCAUGGACUGAGCUACUUAACGGUGAAUGGACACCCAAGCGUGUUUCACAACCAGUGCUGAAUGUAGAAUGGGUUGACAAAUUUAACAAAGAAAAGCUGCCCUUCAUCUCACGCUUUACCUUUUGGGCUAACACGACUGGCCCGGUUGGGGAGAUAGUCACCAUCAACGUGGGAUGCUGGCGAAACGAAAAGCUCAAUGGGGAGAAUGCAGAAGAAACUAAAAGGGCCAAUCAUUCAUUCAUUGGGUCCUUUCAGAUGAGCGACGACCGCGCAUCGGUUACGACCGCCGCAGACCAAUCCAGUUCUCAAAUGAGCACCCUCGAGACAGUGUUUCACAAGCACACAUGGGAGCAAAACUGGGAAACGAGAAAGACUUUCGACGACGACCAGGUCGAAACUCCUGGGCAAGAUGUUGCUUUAUUUGAAGGAAAAGAGGCAACUCCUCCAUUACUAGCUGUUCCAGUCCCAACCUCUUCCAGAACCCUUGUGUGGACUAUGUCAUAUGAUGGAAAUGACAAACUGGGCUUGGCUGGUGGCCAGGUAUAG